AUGAUGCUGAUACCACCUGCUGUGACUCCCUCGGUCAACUCUGUUCCCUCCGACUACCGCACGGACCAAAAGGCCACCGACAAGCCCCCCUUUCCCCCUAAGCGUCUCUUCAACCACCCACCAGACAGCCAGGCAGUGGCUGAGCCCAAAUCCUCUCGACUGGGGUCAACGCACAAGUCGGCCUCGGAGGGCUUCGCCACGCCACCCUCGUCGGCAUUUUUGGGCGCAUUUAAGGCUCCCCUUUCGGUACCGCCGUCGGUCAACUUUGGGCUUAACGCCUGCCUUUCACCAGAGCCGACUUCCGUCCAGAACAACCGACCCUACCACUACGGAUCACCGGAAAUCUCGGAAAUCGACGACGUGAGUUAA